GUUAGUGGUUCCAUGUGAUUGAUUUUGGGGGAAACGUGUCGGAGUGGUUUUUUCGAGAUUGUUGUUUUGAGCUGAGUGGAAAAAGUACAGCAAACCGGCAUCGUGGAGCACUUUCUCAGCAUGGGCUACCUGCAGGAUUUGCAGCUCAAGGGUUCCGACCCUCGGGCGGCCACCUGCCGGGGGAAGCUCCAGAACCGGCGCUGCAAGCUCAACCAGGAAAUCAACAAAGAGCUCCGGCUGCGGGCCGGCGCCGAGAACCUGUACAAGGCCACCACCAACAAGAAGCUCAAGGACACGGUGGCGCUGGAGCUCAGCUUUGUCAACUCGAACCUGCAGCUGCUCAAGGAGCAACUCUCGGAGCUGAACUCGUCGAUGGAAAUCUACCAGAACGAGGGGCUGGAUUACGUCAUACCGAUGAUCCCGCUCGGGCUGAAGGAAACCAAAGAGGUCAGCUUCAUGGAACCCUUCUCGGACUUUAUCCUGGAGCACUACAGCGAGGACUCGAACGUGUACGAGGACGCGAUCGCGGACAUUACCGAUACGAGACAGGCCGCAAAAACCCCGACCAGAGAUGGCCAAGGCGUGGCGCUGCUGUUCCGCUACUACAACCUGUUGUACUACGUCGAGAGACGAUUUUUUCCGCCCGACCGAAGCCUGGGGGUUUACUUUGAGUGGUAUGACUCGUUGACCGGGGUUCCCUCGUGUCAGCGGACGGUCGCGUUCGAGAAGGCGUGCAUCCUGUUCAACCUGGCCGCCAUCUACACCCAGAUCGGGGCCCGUCAGGACCGGUCCUCGGAGAAGGGCCUGGACGCGGCGGUGGACAACUUUCUGCGGGCGGCCGGCGUGUUCAAGCACAUCUACGACACGUUCACGAACGCGCCCUCGAUGGACCUUAAACCACAGGUUCUGGAAGUGCUGGUGGCACUGAUGUUGGCGCAGGCACGCGAGUGUCUCUACGAGAAACUAUUACUACAGCUAGAAGAAAUGACCAAUGUUGAUUGCAGUUCGCUCCACCGCAAUCUGUCCGGCGAGGCGACCCAGCUGACGCGCGAGUACCAGGAGAUCCACCGCAUAAUCCAGAGCAACGAGGCGCACACCUACCUUCCCGAGUGCUGGGCCGGCCUGGUCCCGCUCAAGUCCGAACACUACCGAGCGCUUGCCCACUACCACACGGCCAAGUCGAUUGACGCCGCCCUGCACAGCUUCAAGGCCACCAGCACGCCGUCCAAGGGCAAGCCCCAACCCAAGGGCUUCGGUGGAAGUACGCAAACGCUCACUCGAGACACCUUCAUCUACGACGAGUCGUCCCUCGAGGGCGAUCUCAACCCGGCGAUGCUGAAGAAGGCCCACCUGCGCGAAUCGCUGUCUAGUCACGAAGAGGCCGCCCGGCUGCAGCGAAUGUGCCGCGAGCUCAAGAACAAGAUCGCGCUCACGAAGGUGCUGAACUACGCGCUGGAGAAGACGGCCGAAGAGCUGGAGAUGCUGGACCUGGAGCUGGACGGCGCCGGCUACCUGGACGAGGACAUCGACCUGAUUGACGUGACGCUCAACACUACCUCCAAGUACACCAUCUCCCUGACCGGCCCGGACUUUACCGCGUACAAGAUCGAGGACCCCUUCCGGAAGCUCGGCCCGAUCGCCAUCUUCUCGGCACGGCGUCACUGGACGGCCCCUCGCUGCAUUCGCCUCCAAAAAGGUGGCAACACGAUGCUCAUGACCGGCGGCGGAACGCUGGAUCGACGUCGCUACCACCACCUCGGAGGAGGCGGCAGCAGCAGCCAAAGCAGUCACAGCAGCAGCAGCGGAAGCAGCGCCGGAAGUAGCAACGGAGACGGUGGUCCACGGCAAAAGUGCCAGUGUGGCAACAAGACCAACUACUACAACGACCUGAGGUCGUGCGACGUGUGCUUCAAGAGUGUGUCGAACGCGUCGGACGGGACGGGUGUGGGAUCGACGCCGGCGGGGACCACCGGAAGUAGUGCGGGAAGCGACUGUGGAGGGGAUGCGAGUAGCGGUGGUGGAAGCAGCGUUCUGGUGGAUAACUUUGAGAGCUUUGGGUUCCACGUGCGGGGCGAUGCGCCGGUUAUGAUUUCCAGCGUGGAGAUUAACUCGUUGGCGGAUCUCGGCGGCAUCAAAGAGGGCGACUUCAUCGUGGAGCUGUGCGGCAUCGACGUCAAGUGGUACAACCACCAGCAGGUGCUGAAGCUGAUCCGGAACUGCACCAACAGCCUGGACCUGAAGGUGAUCACCCCGAUGGAUCGCAACUAUUUGAAGCCAAUGGCCUCAACCCACUCGAAGGGCUCCAUUUCCACGCUGUCGGGCAGCUCCUCCGGAGUGUCCUCCGGUGCACCCAGCCCGACCGGAACCACCACCAAGAACGGCGGCAUCAAACCGCGCCCCAAGCUGGGCAAGAACCGGCUCAGCAGCUUCACCUCCGGCAGUUGGAACCCGUUCCGUCGGACGCAGAGUCUGGGCAAGAUUUUCUAACUUGUUUUUGAAAAACUGUUUCGCGUUAUCUUUACACACAAAAGUUUAGUGUUUACAAAUUGUACAGUCACACCUGGGCUCGAUUCGCCAGCGCGCGAAUGUCCAGCUGUGUGAAGAAAGAAGCCCCCGCGCACGCAAAAACAAAUUCUUUUUUACGUUUUUAAAUGCACUUUAUUCUUUACAUUUUAACCUAAGCAGUUUUAAGGGUUUAUUUUUUAUUGUUUUGUAAAAAGAAGGAUGCCAUCAAGUAGCGUGUACUUUAAAUUUAAACAGCCUAAUUUAUACAAGUUUUCCCCCUCUUUUAAACCUUCGAUUCACCUCCUGAAAAAAAGUGAGAGCCCGGCAACAUAUUUAUUGAUUUUAAACAGUGCAGCAGAAGGUCCUCCUCCUUGGCGGCAAGCGGUUGAUUCUGUUUUUAAAAGACGGCUGAAGACAAUUGAUUGAAAUAGAAGUUAGUUUUAGUUGAACAACUAGAAAUGGAAAUGAGUGUAAAUUUACCGAUUGAUAAGUCUUCAUUUCUUAUUUUGAGAAAAUUUAAUUGUAAGAUUAAUCGAUCGAGAGAAAUAAUCCAGCAGGAAUUAUAUUUAACGUAAAAGAGAAUAAAUAUAUUUCGUACAGUGCUCCUGAAAAUAA